CGGUAACAGAACGUCUUAUUGCAAAGUGUUUCUUAGAGAAAUAAUUUUUCUGCAAUGAAUUGUGUGUAUUUGUUGUUACUUUCGACGGUGCAAUUAACCGCUGUUUAUUGUGCUAAUGAAAAUUACAUUAUCCGUGAUUAUUUCGCAUUUAGGAAAGUGGGGAGGAUUGUCGGCUUCUCUUGCGAUAACGUGGAAAAUGAUUUUAAGCUUGCGAAGACUUUGAACGGCAUGUACACUACAUACAUUUCGAUGUCUAACUCCACAAUUGAAUCACGUUUAGAUGUAAAGAAGCUUCUAACAGCUGAAUAUCAUCAGUUAGGUGUUUUCUUGGAUUGUCGAUGCGAUCCUCAACGUUAUGUUAAAGUCAUAGCCGAUGCAGGAAAGUAUUCUAUGUACGACGAGAUGCACAAAUGGUUGAUCUUAGGCUCAGAUCUUCGCCAGACACUUGAAAUACUAAACGACGAUACAUUUAGCGUUUCAACUGACGUUGUGAUUGUUAUACCAUCCAAUGACAAUUAUCUUCUCUAUGACGUGUACAAUCCAUGUAAGGAUCGAGGAGGAUCGAUGAACGUAACGUAUUUCGGAUCGUGGAGCAGUGAAUCUAGAUUAAAUGUUAGCUUGAAUCAGUCGAAAUUUCAAAGGAGGUCUAAUUUGCAUGGAAUGAAACUUAAAGUAGGCGUCGUUUUAAACAUUAAAGUAGAGAACAAAUCCCUGGAUGAAACCAUGUUAGAAUAUUCCAUGAAAUCAAAGUACGGUCGAUCGAAAUUUUUAUACGUUCUUCUGCAUCACUUGUCUGACCUCUUCAAUUUCACUAUGGACCUCGUGCAAAUAAAUGCUCAAAGAAGAUUCGACAAUUCCGGUCCGGUAUUUACGGCUUUCAAGAAGAAACUUAUAGAUAUGUCGGCAAGUCCGGUUGCAAUGAAGAUAGAUAGAUUGACUAACGGAGACAUAAUUGGGCCUGUCUGGCCGAUACGAUCGUGUUUUAUAUUCCGCACAAUUUCAUCGUCGAAAAUGAAACCAACUCAAUUUCUGCAACCUUUAUCCAUGAAAGUAUGGUACGUAAUAUUCGCUACGAUAGGAAUGGUCACGAUAAUUUUGAUUAUUUUAAUAAGAAUGGAGGGUAUACGUUCUCCUACCGAAAUAUAUGGACUAUCUGUUUUACUAACAAUAGGAGCAAUAUCUCAACAAGGAUCUGCAUUCAUCCCGAAUCGUUUCGCAGGACGCAUCGCGCUUCUGCACACUCUGCUUUUCAGCGUGUUAAUUUUAAAUUAUUAUUCAGCAAGUAUAGUGUCGAAUCGUUUGAAGAACAAAGGCGAAAGAAUGAAUGAUUCUUUGAUCAGCUUGGCGAAGAGCAAUAUGAAACUCGCAGCGGAGUCGACUCCCUAUAUUCGUUCUUUUCUGAAGGUACCAGAUAAGGAGGUGAGAUAUUUCUACGAGAACCGUUGGAUGAAAAUACCAGAGUUCAGUAGAUACUUGCCACUGGAGGAGGGACUCGAUCGUGUGGCAGAUGGAAGUUUGGCUUAUCACACGAUGAUCGAUUCCGCUUAUCCGUAUAUUGAACAAUCGUUUAACUAUCGAAGUAUUUGUGAGCUGACGGAAGUUCAUCUCUUCCGAUCGAUACUGGCAUUCUACGCGAGACACAAGAGUCCUUUCACUGAAUUGAUGAAAAUAGGUCUGACAAAAAUUCGCAACGUUGGUAUCCAGAAACGGGAACUGAAACGAUGGAGAUCUAGGAAACCGUUCUGUCCAAACAAUCUGUUAAUCGCUGAACCUUUAUCCAUUCACGAAGCUGCCCCAGUUUUCAUAUUUCUGAGCUUUUCCAUGUUCCUGUCUCUUCUUUUUUGCCUCGUCGAGAAUUUAUUAUUCUACCUUUCUUCAGCACGGAGAGAGAGCGCACUAAUGGAGAAGAAGCAUUUGAUAGGAAGAAACUUCGAUUUAUCAACAUUAAAAGACGUCAAUUUGCAGACUUCAAGAAAUUUUAAUCAUCAAGUAUACCAUGCUGGAGGGUUCAAUCCAACUAUCACUAAAAUUGUGAAGAAUUUACUUGUUACAAUGUCCAUCAUUUUUCUACUCUUAUUACAAUUUAUUUUGAUCUCCAACGCACAGGAUCAUAUCUUCAUACGUGAUUAUUUUGUGCAUAAGAAAGUUCGAAAUGUCGUAGGAUUUUCUUGCGGUGACACUAUAGGUGACUUCAACCUUCUGAAAACCCUGAGCACCAUCGGUAUAUUUACAAUAAUACGAGAACCCAGUAUGAAAAUCGACUUUAGAAGAUUUUUGAGAAGCGAAACGUGGACAGUAGGUGUUGUCAUCGAUGUACGUUGUCACAAUGAAACGGCUGUCCGAAUUUUUGCCGAAAGUUCGAAGCAUCGAAUGUACGAUUACUCCUACAACUGGCUAGUACUUGGCUCGAAUUACAAUCGCAGUAUUCCUCUUCUGAACGACACCGCAUACAAUAUAGUGACGGAUCUUGUUCUGGCUAUAUCGAACGAGCAUGGAUACGAUUUAUACGAUGUUUUCAAUCAUUGUAAAUAUCGUGGUGGUUUAUUAAACGUCACUAAACUCGGCACUUGGCGUCAAGAUUCUGGAUUAAACAUUAUCCUGACCCAGCCUUUGAUUAACAGGAGAGCUAACAUGCAUGGUAUGAGACUAAAGAUAUCUGGGGUGAUACAAUACAGACCAAAGGACAUGCGUCUAGAAGAUUACAUGCAGGAUAUUAAUACGAGAUCCUUAGACAGCAUGCAUAAAUUUGUCCAUGCUAUGAUGUUACACACGGGGGAUCUUUUCAAUUUUAGCGUUCACGCAUCAGAAAUAAUCUAUUGGGACAGGCACAGCGUGCAUGGUUUAAUUUUUGAAUUUUUAAGAUCGAAUUACAUUGAUUUUGCGAGCAAUCCAAGGAUUAUGGUGUCUGAAAGAUUAGAUUUUGCUAGCCUCAUUGGUGCAGCCUGGCCUAUAAAACCCUGUUUCAUGCUUCUAUCAACAUCAACUAAUAAAAUCAAAUUGGAAAUCUUUCUGAAGCCUUUUACGAGGCAGACGUGGUACGUGUUCGCAGCUUUUGGAAUAUUUUCCAUCUUUAUUAUGAAAUUAAUUAUGAAUCGUGAGAAAGUAGGUAAAAGAGAGAAAUAUUCAGGAGCAGUGGUGCUUUCCAUAGGAAUUAUAGCUCAGCAAGGUGCAAAUUUCCUUCCAAAACGUGUACCAAGUCGCAUAGCACUAUUUCAAAUAACCCUACAUAGCUGGAUAAUGUACAAUUAUUAUUCAGCUAGUAUCGUCUCGGCUCGAUUAAGCGAACCCUUAGACAUGAUGGAAGAUUCAGUGACGGUUCUUGCUGAUAGCAAUUUAAAAAUUGCUGCAGAAGCUGUGCCAUAUCUCAACUAUUUUCUAUACAAAUUGAACUGGGAAUCAGAUUAUUUUCGUAAAAAACGUUGGGAUCCUCUGCCAGAAUCCAAACGAUACUUGCCAUUAGAGGAAGGAAUCAGACAAGUGAGCCAAGGUAUUUUAGCAUAUCACACCGACCCAAAUACAGCCUACCCUUAUGUGGAAAGGAUGUUCGAUUCCAAUAAAAUCUGCGAAUUAACGGAGAUCCAUUUGUUUAAACAAUCUGUGAUGGGAAUGUAUGCUAGUCAUAAUGGACAAUUCAUUGAGAUAGCCAAAAUAGGAUUGACAAAAAUGUUCAACACCGGUCUUCGUAAUCGUCAAAUCAAACAUUGGUCCUCAAGGAAGCCACAAUGUCAACCCGAUACUUUAUCUACCAGGAGUAUCACCAUCUAUGAAACAGCACCAGCUUUACUUUUAUUGGCGUUUGGUAUAAUCGUGGCUGGAACAAUUUGUAUUGUGGAAAAUAUUAUUUUUAAUCGUUCGAUGAGGAAGAUGGACAUAAAUCAGAAGAAGAGAAUUGGAACCAGAGGAAGUAUUGCUAGCGGAAAUAGUAGAGACAACUUGUUAGAUUUAAAUCAUUGAUCUUUAUUGAUUUUCAGAGUAGACAAAUAGAGUUUUGAUUAGACAAACAUUUCUUUUAUUUCUGUAAUUUUCUGUCUUUAAGUACUCCUCAAGGCAUGUACCCCUGUAGACACCAAGAAUCUGUCCGGAAGGUUGGCGACGUACAAUAAUUUAUUGUUAGAAGUUUUCCCUCUGUUAAAUUUUCUAUCUGUAAAUAAUAAUUAAGAAAAAUAUUUAGGUAUUCUAUCAAGCAUACUAAGCUACAAAUAGAGUUAGGUGGUACAUGUGCAAACCAGAAGUUGUUUCCUUUGCUAAAGAACCAUUACGUCAAAACUGACAUGCUUUCUCAUAUAAAAUGAAAGAAGGGAUGACUUUGCUGGCUGAUAGUUGCAACACGAACCUUCUGCAUGCAGUCGUUUGAUUUACAACCGAGAAUAAA